AUGUGCAUGUGCCUGCCUUCUGAGUGUGUGAGACGAGCUGGGAUCAUGAGCCAGGGUUGUUCCAAGUGGUUUUAAUCAGCAGCCCAUUAGAGGAGAACGGAAAACUUCUAACAGGAUAAGAACCGAAUAUUAUUGUCUGGCUGAGUAGUGCCUUCUGCAAACGGGUUGAAGAUUUCUGGUCCUCACCUGGCUGCUGGCAGGUCUGUUCUCCGAGAGCGUGGUUGUUCCUGUAUCCCCAUGGGAGGGCACUUCCCAAGCUUCUGCUCCUCUGGAACCUGUGACUUCUUGCCAGGCACCACAAAAGUGCUCAGUAGCAGAAAUGGGGAAACCUCUCACUAGUUUUGAGUAACGUGAGCCUUUGGCUUUUUUUACCCUCUCAAGACGUGGCAACUUGGACUGCAUCUGCAAUGUGGCAAAGGGUAAAGUGAGGACAGCACAGAGGACAUGGUUUGUGGGCAAGUCCCCAGGUGCCGCAGGCUUUGUCGCCCUCGGCCCUUCCUACUGGCCUUGGUGGUGGCCAUCUGCCUGUUCUGCCAGACCCUGACUCCUCUCAUGACCAGCAGCAUCCUUUCGGCGGUCGUCAGUGGGGUUGCACCCAGCAAACUGACUAAAAUACAGCAAGGACGAUACAAGGAGGUCUCCCCAAGCAACACUCACUGCUUCCUGCCCAGCAGUAAUUCUCAGAGAGUGAAGAAGAUUGAUGACUCCAUUCUCCACUAUUUUGGAAGCCAUACAAGAAGAGCAGUUCUGUACGCACCCCCUGCCCACUGGGAAACCGACCUUCAGCUCUACCAGCGCAUCUUGGCAAGACAUGGAUACACAGUCACAGUCCUUGAAAGCAGGAGACUGAUGGAAGAUCCUAGACAUAAGGGCCCCUAUCACAAUGAUAUAGGCCCUUGGGAUCUUUGGAUCUGCUUAUCUUCCAGAAAAAAUGAUGGUACUGGCUGCAUUCAAAUAGAUGACUUGCAUCACCUUGAGUUAUUCCAGAAGGUAAACCUACUUCCAGAAAUUCAGCAUUUCCUUUGUAGAAAAGAGGGAUUAUGCCAGAUAAAAAGUGCCUUUUCAGACAUGCAGCUCCCAGUUGUCACCCCAGAAUGCUCCAUCCACCCUGGGCUGUCAAGGGCCAACGAUGCAAACAACGUUUCCCAGGGCAGCAAAAGCACUGACCAGACACGUCCUGCCCAUCUGCAGCACUGGUGGAAGCAGAGGACAAGCUCACAGCUGAAACAAGUGUCAGCUUCACCAGACUACAAGGACAUUUUAAAAGCUCAAGACCUUUCUGUCAUCAUCAAAGCAUAUGUACUUGUGACAUCCUUAACACCCCUACGGGCAUUCAUUCACUCAACUGCCACUGUCUGGCAUCCACCCAAGAAGAAGCACUUUUCCGUAAAGUUGCAAAGGUUCUUUGAGAUAUUCUUCAGAAACAGUUCUCCCCAACAAGCCUUCAAUAACAUGAAGGAAGCUAUAAGCAAACUUCUACUCAUAACUGAAGUCUUCAGUGAAUCAUCUGCCUCAGGAUCAAGCUCUUCCAAUCAAUGCAGCCAAUGUUUUCAAAUGCUAACCUUUGACAUUGGAUUUGGCACCUCGAUAGACCCAGUAGUUCUUGAGGUGCACGAACACUUUGACUUUCCAGAUGAGGAUGAAUCAAAUAUUCAGGACCAAACUUUCAAAGAAUUUCUUUUUGAAGAUACUUUUAAAUUUCUGUUAUCUAAUGAAUCCUCAACAUCUAGUUUCAUAGAAGCUUUACAAAAAAUAUAUGGAUCAGCUGUGAGCAAGGAUGGGACUUACAACAAAGAUGAGCCAUGUUUGUCUUUAGAAGAGAUAAAUUCAAUGAUUACUUUCAUAAAGGAGCUGAAGAAUCUUGGACAAUUUGAGCUGCUUUUCCCUUCUGCUGCACCCAAGAUUCAAACUUUCCUGCACGAUCUCUAUCAUAUGGUAGACCCAAUGAAGCAGCUUGGUUCAGUCCUGACUGUGCAUUGGUUGCUUUCCAGUUUACUUGAACAAUUCCAAUUUGGUACAAAGGAGGCACAUACAAGUCUUUCAGAAUGGCAUUCUUCUCAAGAAAAUUCACAUGCUAAGCAGAAUACUCUUUCUGACUUCAGGAAGAAUCAUGAAGCAUUAUAUAAUACCAUUAAGACUAAAGAAAGGCUAUGCAGUUAUGAUAAAGAUACCCUAUCUCAUAUCAGGCAGAUCUUCACCAGUCCACAGCUGGACUUGAAUCCUCAGUUUAACCCAAAGAUCAGAGAAUACUACGCAGAAGUCCCAUUUGACACGGUGACAGUGAGGAUAGGAGCAGAACCCUCCAACUGUCAAUGCCAAGUGCACCUUGAUGAGAAGAAAGGGCCAAGUUUUGCUAGCUACCCCCUUGGCCUUGGAUUGAACAGAGUUGUCAUUCUUGUAACAGAUGAUUCCCAGCCCAGCCCUCAAGUUGUCAGCAGCUACAAAAUUACAAUUUCUCGAGAGGACCGCCCUAGUCUGCCUUUGUUUGAUGACUACAUGAUGUGUGGGUUUGUACAGGAUUGUGGUUCUCGAAUUCGUCCAGAGGAGUCCUGUGGCUUGCAACCUCUGUCUCAUGAAUACCUCUCAGCAAUUUCACAGACAGAGCUUAAGACCUGUGAAGCUGGAGAUACAAAAGGGCAGUGGAUUGUCCCUUGCCUCAGCUGCUCUGACAACAGGACCUGUGACUGGAGAGAAAUCAUGUGGCAGCCCCAUGGCUGCCAGCACUCUGUGCUAUCCAAGCCUGAGCUCCAGCACUGCGUGGAGGGCAGAAGGAUUCUUUUUAUAGGUGACUCAACAAACAGAGGGAUGAUGUACUAUCUAAUAGAAAGAGUGAAUAAAACUCUGGAGGAAUGGCAAAAAACUCACGAUGUUAAAUGUUAUCAUAAUAUCAAUGAGGGGAAAACAUUUGUCAGUUACUCCUACUAUCCCCAGUUCUGGAUGAAUGCAAACCAGAGACCAAGUUUCGAACAAGCACUGGAACAACUGCUGCACAGAUCCCGUCCCCUGGAGAACACAGACCAGACUGUAUUAAUUGUAGGUGGUGUUCAGUGGCUUAAUUCUAAUCACCUCCAAAUUAUCCAAAAGGUGUUGAGCAGGGAAAAUCUAUCAAAUAUUCUGGUAAUUAUCAAAUCUAUAGGGAUGGGUUUUCACCUCCCAGUGGAUGGAAUACAUUCUCUAUCACAGGCAGAAGUGCAAAACUUGUGGAAUGAAAACUUGGUUAUUCUGGAUACAGCAAAAAACUUUGGCUAUGAAGUUGUUGACACCUUUCUCAUCACCAUGGGACGUUACAAAGAAUUCCUGCAAGGGAAGUGUGGCUGCCAUUUCCAUGAGGUGGUGAAAUCCAAUCCCUCUGAAGAAAGCCAGCACUUAACAAUGACAUUAUCAAGGCACUACACACUGGGGAAAUAUUUCGGCAGUCAAAGCAAACUAUCACAACUGCACAACUAUGCAACAAAUUCUCAGUCCCCGUAUCAUGUCCGAGGUCCAAUCAAUCAAGUUUAUUCUGAAAUCCUUCUCAGCAGGCUCUGUGCAAGUAAGAGAGAGCUUGUCAGCACAUAACCUCUCCGGGAUGAAGCACUGGGACUUGAGCUGUGCCACUGCCUGAGCAACAAUCCAAGGACCACGGUGAUUUUAUGAUGUGCUUCCCACCUGGCUGCACACACACCAACAGCACUUGGAACAUGUAGCAUUUUUCCUAAAACAUUAUGAAGCCAAGAUAUGCCAUGGCAACUGUGAUGUCAAAAUGGAAGAUGGAGGGACGUAAAGGAGAGAAGAAGGGAAGCUACUUGAACUGUUGCUGAAGACUAGAACAGCUGUAGCUCAAGCAACUGUAUAUUAAGGGAGGAAUUUAUACACUUGAAUGAUUUGGAAAGGACUUUAGCUCUUUCACACUAUCUUGUUUUCUAUUUAUAGAGACGCUGUAAUAUUUGAAUGUAUUUAGAAACUGGCUACAUUCCAUUUUAAAGAGUUUUAUUUUAUGUGGAUGUUCACUUCAAUAUCAAACCUUUUAUGUUUAGGUACUUGAUUUAUAUAAUUUGAAAAUUUCUAUUGGUAUUUAACUGAUGAUGUCAAGUUUUCAAAUCUAGUGUUUUUAGUGAAAACACACCCUUUCUUUGAUGGAACAGAUAUCUACUCUAUUUCUUGCAUGUUCUAAAGCUGAUAUAGAGGUAGAUGAAUUAGAUUUGAGACUGAUUAUAACUCUCUUAAAAUGUAAUGCAUAAAUAUAGUGAAUAUGUUAACAUAACCUUAUUUAUGAUCCCAGUUUAGGAGAGUGUCCAUGUGCCAGAAGAUUUCUGAGGUAUGUGCUUCAUCAUCUGCCUUGGUUUGCAAGGACAUAUUCUUCCUUCAUGGAAGUUCCCUUUCUUUUCGGAUUUUUUUAUAGAAUACUUGCCAAUGUGUGAAGACACAAAAAAACCCAGAAGAAACAUCCUCUUUGCAAAUAGACAUAAGAACUUUGGGGUCUGGUUUUUAAUCUGUUAUCACAAGUGUGAUGCAAUGGAGUGGGAGCAGAAUAUACUUCCUGCAUCUCAUGCUUGGCAGGGACGAGACCUUCUCUGAGCAGUAGUUUUGUGUUGCAGCCCAGCUAUAUCAUGAGAGUUUUAGUCCUAGUCUAGGUGGAACACCAGAAAGAGGCUUCACCACUAUAGGGGAGAACUGUCUGCUCAUCCCCCACCACAACACUGACAGCCCAUUCGCUCACAGCUGGGGUGCCCAGAUGGGAAACCAAACAUGGUCCAUGUUUAGCAGCUGGGUGAUGGAUAAAUGAUGGCAGAGAGCAAAGCCCCCUGGGAUUUUCCAGUUAUGGGCUCCUAUUAAUGAAGUCACAAAGCUGGCAAUCGGGCCACUGGUCUGCCUGACUAGAGAAAGGAGGCACAAGAAAGUAAACAAGAUCUUCCUUGCUCUGUUAAAUGCUUCCCCUUCACAAUUUAAUAUAUAAUCUUCCCCCAGUGUUUACUGCCUUUGGGAAGGAAGUCUCAAGAGAUGUUAGGGAAGAAACAAAUUACAGUCCAGAACUAAUCACCAUCUUAUUGGCCUCAAUAGCACAGAGAAUUUCUGCCCUAUAUAGAAACAGGACUAGAAGCUCAUGACACCACAUUGAGGAUUUGCCAAAGAACCAUAAACUCCACACAGUCUCUUUCCCCAGCUAAAGUAUUGUGAAUUCUUUUAACUUCAGAUAAGUGGUAAUAAGUUGGGAAAUUCUCAUGCUCUGGGGAGUCUGGCUUACCUAGAAUGUCAGAGGAUCCUCAAAAAGAGGACCUGGCAUAUCUGAGUCAGGAGACUUUCACUAUAUUGACAAAGUUCCUAAUUUAGACAAGAAUAUUACAUUUAGUGAGACAGUGUGAAUAUUUUUGUUUCUCUAUAAUAUGCUGCUGCUGUGCUUACAGUGAAUGUCCCUGAAUUUCUAUGUAAGGUUUUCCCUGGCAUGGAGCUUUACAUGAAGGAGGGGUCAGCUACUGUGCAUAAAUACUGAAAAUGUCAGUAUUUGGUUUUGCGCAAUACGAUUCUGUAAGAAAUAUAAUUGUAUGCAAAUUAUGCAAUAUAUACUCUCGAGUCUGGAACUCCAGGGCUGCACAUCCUGAAGGAUUUAAUAUCAUGCCAGCAUUAGAUACAAAAUGCAGCCAGAUGUCUUAGGUAUUAAGAUGAUCAAUGAUAGGUGUAUUAAAUACUGCUUCUGUUAAAAUAUUUUUGUAGCUCAUUUAAAUCCGCAUCCAUUUUUAUUGUUCUGUACACAAAUAUUUUGAAGACAACAAUUGGGGUUUUAUUUUUGUUUAUUUUUUAAUCAAAACCUCUAGCUGAAGCAUCAGCUACAAUGAUGAAAAGGAGAGGGCUGACUUUAUUAUAUUGUAGCUGAUAUCAGCAUAUUGUGCAAUUCAUCACUUCUCGUUUCACCACAAAAUGGUUUACAUGUGCUAUACACCCAAAUGUCUUAACGUUUUCCAACUCUUUAUAUUUUUCAAAUGUAUCAAGUUGAAAAUUUCCUAUGUGUUUUCUAUUUUUAUAUGUCUAUGUACAUAUAUAUAUGUCUGUACAAAGUCAUUGGUACAAUUUGAUCUUUAUUUUAAAAAGUUCUUUGAAAAGGUUUUUCCAACACUAUAUAUAAUCCAUUCAAUUUUAGGAAUAAGCAAAGGGAAUGCAGACUAGAAGAGGUACCAAAGCACAUUUUUCACUAUUCAACUUUAAAAUGUAUCUCCAGAGAUUCACAUGGAAGCAUUGCUUGCUCCUGCACACAAAAAUUUACAGAUUAAGAAAAUAAAAGAAUUAUGUUUGUAUUCCAGUCAGAGCACAUGUUGCUGACGAUGUUUUACUUCAGAAUUAUCACAUCUGCUAUGACAUUUUGCCUGAAUAAGCAUUAAAGUGUUCCUGCUAUAUUAA